GUUGUUACAUACUAACUUGUAUGUCACACUUUGAUGUCUGGGCAUGCACCAUGUGCAGUUGACACAGGCCUGGCUACAAUAUGUGCUACUUUUCAUUCUCACCGAAAGAUUUAAGUGCCGAGAAAACACAGCAAUUAGCUUUUGUAAACUUGAUAAGGAAAACUGACUCAACUUACCAAGAUUAAUGGAAUAGAAAUUGAUAUCACACCUUUGAUCAGAGGGCGAACUGGUUUGUCAGUUAGCCCCUUCACCUGUAGAGCAUACACUAUAGUAAUUGGGAUAUUUCUUUUUUGCAAUUAAUACAUGCAUGUAGUCUGUGUGAUUUAAACAUUCAUAGAAAUUGUCAGCUGAAAGAUUUAUUUGCAUCAGAGCUGCUAGUGGUUUAUAACGUGUGGUACGGCCAAGCCUGCAUACUAGCAGCUGAUCCCAGGUAUUCGCAGGUAACUGUAGGUGUAGUGUGGCUGGCUUCACCCAGCUGUUGACGGACGGGCCACUUGUUUUGUGUGGUGUGAACCGCGCCAGUUCAGCUCCUCUGUACGGUGACACAAAACCGUGUGUGUGUGUACGGGAUCUUGUGUGAGUUACCUGGAACAGACUGUGUUUUACCUGGAGCUACCUUCGAGUUACCUCGGAUUACCUGGAUGGAUGUUUGGUUUAUAUAUCCAUGCAGCUCUUCCUCUUUUUUUUUUUUCCCCAAUGGUUUUUUGUUAACAUGUGUUCUUGGAAUUUAUUCUUCUUUGAGGCUGUGGAUUAUUGGAUUAUGGGAUAGUCUAGGCGUAAGGAAUUGAACACAGAAGACAAGCUGGUUUGUUGUUUAUAUACAUACACGUGUAUAUAUAUAUAUAUAAAUAUCAAGUUAUAAGUUUAUUCUCCACAUUAAAGAACUUUUAUACAUGAACAUGAACAUUGAUCACAAUUACACAAAUCUAUCAUUAAUUUAUCCCAAUUAUCCUGUUUUGCCUUUCGUUAUACUUUGUUUUUAAUUGUAAAUAGUAAAUGAAAUUCCUUCAACAUGGUAUACUAAAUAUGUGUUUGGAAAAGUCCAAAAGGUUGACUGUAAACUGAAUUUGAUUUGCUUGUACCAUAUUAGUUCAACGCUUGGUAAUUCAUCUUACACAAACUACUUCUAGCCUGAACAACUUUUAGAGUCUUCGCAGUUGCUUAAUGCCUCUUACUCAGAAUAUGAAUUUCUUGGACUAAAUUAAACAAACAAACAAACAAAAUCAGUUGAAGAUCUUUAGGAAUCUCUCUAAUUGAGAGUGAUCCUUGUGGCAGAAUUCUUGGCUGUCUUGGAUUAUCUUCAGUUCUGUUGAGUUGAGUGGUGUGAAAAGAAAUGAUGACCAAAUGCUAGUGCUGCGGUGUCAUCAGUUCACUGAGAGAGAAUCCGAGUCCAGUUGCUGGAGGUGUCCUGGGCAUGACUUGUGAUGUACGCUCGCCGAUGGUCGUCGGUUGUGGAGCUGCCCGUAACCUCGAAACACACCUGCAGGUGCAGCUUGCUCCAGGGCCAGAGUCUGGGCACCUACUACGAUGAAUCGCAGGUGGACGACUUGGAAUCACUGGACUCCUGCACCUACUCUACUUCUUCAGACGAACUGACCAUUUCAACCGUUUUUGAGGAAAAGGCGGACAACUUUGUGAUGGCAGCACUGUUCUGUGCAUCCGAGGAGGGCAAUGUUGAUGGGCUGAAGGAGCUGUCUGAGAUGGCCAACAACAUAGAUCUGAACACUGCCAAUAAGCAUGGAGAAACUGCUGUACACAUGGCAGCUAGUGGGGGACAUGUCGAUGUUAUCAAAUUCCUUCAGGCCAAAGGAGUGGAUGUCAAUGUCAAAGAUAAGCAAGGUGACAGUGCAGUGUACUGGGCUGCCCGUCAAGGUCAGCUGGACGUCAUCAAGUACCUGGAAGAGGCCGGAGUCCCCCUUGACCUCAAGAAUAAGUCUGGGGAAACUGCACUGCACGUGGCUUCACGGUAUGGCCAUGCUCACAUUGUGGACUACCUCUGUUCCUGCCAAGUGGCCAUUAACCUUCAGGACACACUUGGUGAGACAUCUCUACACAGUGCAGCUUGGCAUGGUUUUGCUCACAUUGUCCGAACUCUUUGUUCUGCAGGUGCCCUCCUUGAUAUACAAAACAAGGAAGGUGAGACGGCCCUACACUGUGCCAGCGUGAGGGGAAACCUGCCGUGUGUGAAGAUUCUCCUGGAGUAUGGGGCCCCUCUCAACCACAUGGACAAGAGGGGCAGCACAGCUCUGAACAUGGCAUGUCACCGCCAUCACACACCUAUAGCUCUGAUGUUGCUGAACGCGGGGUGUGAGAUGGACAUCAUCGAAAAGGAAACUGGUGAAACCCCACUACACACUGCUUCCAGAGAAGGUCUGACGUCGAUCGUACAAAUCAUGUGUGCUUACGGCUGCAAGGUCGACACCAUCAGUCAAGACGGACUGACUCCACUACACAUGGCGAGUAAGGCCGGUCAUAUUGACAUCGUCCGCUGCCUACUGCUGGCUGGGGCUAAUGCUGACAUACCAAAUAAGGAUGGAGUUACUGCAGAGAUCAUGGCUUUCGCUCAGGGAUUUUCAGCCAUCGGAGAACUUCUCGGCAAAGUGCAUGGGGAAAAAGCUGCAGUGUACAUUAACCAGCUGGUUCCGCAGCCCCAUCCGAUCAGUCGCAUCAAGCUGAAGAUGCUGGGAUCGACGGGCGUGGGCAAGUCCAUCCUGGUGGAGACGCUCAAGUACGGUUACUUCGGCAGCUUCUUCCGCCGUAGCAGACUGGGAAGUAACUCGGGGUCAACGCGAAUUAAAAGUAGAGGCAAAUUAUCCCGCCAGUUCAGCUUACCAACUCCACUGUGCUACUCCGUCGGCAAUCCAGUGUAUACCAAAGGUGUUGAAAUUCAGCAAGUCUAUUUAUCAGGUGUGGGUGACCUGAGCAUCUGGGAUUUUUCGGGCUACGAGCCGUACUACAUGGUGUACGACCACUUCCUUGGUGACACCAACUGUAUUCACAUGGUCGUGUUCAGUCUGCAGGACUCCUACGACGAGCAGAUGGCUCAGGUCAUAUUCUGGCUCAACUUCCUUAAAGCCAGGGUGCCACCCGAUCUCCCUAUAGGUCAUUGUGGUAGACUUCCAAAUACACCCAAAGUCUUAUUGGUGGCUACCCACGCUGAUAAGGCUGGUUGUCAUAGAAACAAGGAAAGCAUUUACUUCAGUCCAGAGGGCAAUACAAUUCUAGCCAAGGUGAAGCAGAUGUUCCAGUAUGACCUUGACAUUGAGGAUAAAUUGUUCGUCCUUGAUGCCACAGUUGCCGCAACAACAGAAAUCAAAGUGUUGAAACUUCAUCUUGCAGAAGUCAAAAAAAAAAUUGUAUCGUCUUUGCCCAAGUCGAGUGGUUUUCUAGAUGCAGUUAUAUGUAGUCUACCAACAUGGAGAAAGGCUUCGUCAGCCUUUCCUGUGUUGUCCUGGCAACAGUUCAUGGAGUAUACGAGAAUGAAGGUUAACCCUUUAGCAGCGGAAGAGAAUCUCAAACAGAUAUCGGAACAGCUGCAGCUCAUGGGAGAGAUCGUCUAUCUCGAAAGUGAGUUCGUCCAAGACCUUGUUGUGUUUGAUCCAAAGUGGCUGUGCUCCGACGUAAUUGGCCAUCUGGUGUCGCAUGACAAGAUUGUGCAGACGCGGGUCACUGGCUGUUUCUCCGUGGAUGAGUUCCAGCUGAUCUACUCGGACACCGACGCCGUCGACCUGCUACAGGUGCUAGAGGCGUUGGAGCUGUGCACGCCCUGUGAUAACGAUGGUGACAUAGAGUAUGAGUUCCCCUGCCUCAACUUUGUUGAGACUCUGAACGGCCUGUGGCAGCGUGACCUCAAGCGCUAUGCAAACGGUGUGUACGGGGGUGUCCGGAUACACACCAGCUUCCAGACGGGCGCCCAGCUCAAGUACCUGUUCCCGAGGAUCCAGGUGUACCUGCGGCGGAACAUCGCGGCGCAGGAGAGCGACGAGCCAGACGACUCGGACCUGUACCAGUGGCACCACGGGACGAAGUACUGCUGCGGGGACCUCGAGGGCAUGAUCGACAUGGACAAACACGAACAGUACCUGGAGGUCAAGGUGCGCGGCACCGAGGACUCACGCAAGCAGCUCUUCUACUUCCUCGAGGACCUGGUGACCAUCGUGGAGCAGGUGGUUGAAAACGUGUGUCCGGGGAUCUGCACCGAGCGGUACACGCUCAGCCCUAGCCAGCUGAAGGAACACUCGAAGAUCGUCCGCAGCUACUCGCCUACGGAGAUCCUCCGCAUGCAGCUGGAGGACCGGCACUCCAUCGUGCUGUCUGGGGAGCAGCAGGAGGAGUUCGUCGACAUCGUGUGCAUGGGUUCACAGGACAUCCUCGACAGUAUUAUUCUUGGAGUGGACCUCGACGUGUCCCACCUGACACUGCACACGCGCAGACUCCUGUGCUACCUCCUUGACCCGUCGGAGCCAAUGGGGCGUGACUGGUGUCUCCUGGCGGUCACCCUCGGACUGUCAGACGCGCUGCCCACACUGGACAGUGAGAACUGUUACCAGGUCAGUCAGACGGACCGUGUUCUCGAGGAGUGGUCCAAGCAGCACAACGCCAAUGUGAGGCAGCUGCUGCUCAAACUGAAGGAGUUCAAUCGGAUCGAUGCCAUGGAGGCGUUGUUGAGGACGGGGAUUCCUUUCAAAGUGCCUACAUUCGAGGACCAGUCGACUGAGGAGAGUACCAGUGCGGUGCCGCAAGUGACUAAUGCAUCAACCAAUACUUUAUCAAAUCUGUCUCGGUAGAUGAGAAAAAUAUUGUCCUUUUUUUUUUUUAAUCAUGUCUUGUUGGUUUUUUAAAUAUUAUAUUAAAAAAAACCUAAUAUGCCAAAAGGGUUGUUUGGAAAUUAAUGAGUUUCCAGUUUUAAAUUCAGAGAGAUCAAAUGUUAAAAUUUACUAUGAAACGUUAAAAUGAUGGAUUAAAAAAAAAUAAUACAGUCACUAGUCUUUAAGCUAUUUAAAAGUAUAGUUCUUAACUUAUUAUAUAUUUUAAAAUUUUAUUUGGUAGUUUUGUAACAUUAAUUUUACAGUUAUUUGUUUUUAAGAGGUAAAAUUAAAUAAUUUUUAUUGCAUAGUUUCCCACAUUAUAUUUCUUCUUAACCUUCCUUUUAAAUUUAUUAUACAAACGUUUUAAUUGGAUAUAUAAAAUUGUGAUAGGAUCUUAACUUUUCUCCUACUCAAAAAUCAAUUGUCAGACCAUAUGAGUUAUUUCCCUUUGCUACACAAGCAUACUUAAUGUACAUGUGUAUCUAUUUUCCAUCCUCUAAUAAUUAAUUUAACGGUAUGACUUUUCAUGAUCAUCCUUUUAAAUUAUUUUCCCACCUUUCUCAAUCAGCAUAUCAAAUAAAUAUCCAGCAAGUUAUUUUGGGGUGUUUUUUCUUCACAAACACAAAAUUGAAAUAAGAUCUGUGUCCAUGCUUAAAAAGCUUUAAGAGUCUCAACUCAAAUCUUUAAUUAUUUUACAUGCAUGCAGUUUGCAUGCGUUGCUAUGACGGUGAAGCUAAAGACUUUCUUAGAGACUUGAGUCUAGACUUUAAAAGUUUUGAGGCAUAUACAUGUAAUUAAAAAUAUGCAAUUGGUGUAUGUUUAUGUGGUAAUGUAUAUACAUAUAUAUAUAUAUACUUCAGUAAUGGUUGCAAAGUCAGUUCUUACACCUGUCAAAAUAAAGGUACGGUUAAACCCAGGGCCCAUAUUUUUAAAGCUAUCUUAGUGCUCUGAUAUUGUAAAACCAUUGUAGGCUAUGACGUCACUAUGUGUCAUACUAACAUCAUAGCCCACGACAGCUUUACAAUAUUGUAGCACUAAGAUACUGUAGCUUCUAAAAUCUGUAGCCUGGAUUUCAUCCGUCAUUUCUUAAAAUCAUGUCAUACUGAAAUUUUAAUUUGCCGAAUGAAUGUCAUUAGUAAAUUCGCCUAAAAAAAAAGAAAAAAAAAGCAGCAAUUUUUUUUAAAUCAAAUAAAUACAGUUCUUUAAGGAGACUUAAUGUUUUGUUAUAUUUUGUUUUGCAAACUACAUCUUGAAUCUUGAAUUUGGCUACAGCAUUCUUGAUCAGAUUUGCUAAACUGCUAAUAAUUAAUAUUUUGGGUCUAGUUUAAUCCCUGAUAACAUGUUUGUGUAAUAUAUGUACACCUUUAUAUUUAAAUCUUAAGCACACAUUAAAAUUAUAUGUUGCACUAAAAUGUUGGUUGUUCAUUUACUUUUUAAGAUUCAUGUUUCUCAAAUUGUGGUUUUUAAUUCCUUGUACAACACAUUUAAUUAUGGGGAAACCAUACAUGUGUAUAAAGGGUUAUUUUUUAUUUAUUUAUCAGAUUUAAGAAAAGACAUGUUGCAUCAGUGUCGUAGAAAGCACAAGAACAGUGAAAUAAAAGGGGAAAAAAAUCUACAUAGGUGUUCUGAUAACCGUACGAUGUCCAUGAUAUGAUACAUCAAUUUACCGCACCUCUAUUGUGAUACAUAUGCUGAAAUUUGUUUUUAAAAACUAGUGCCGAAUUUACGAAACCAGUUUUUCUUAAAUGUAGGUGUUAGUUCCACAUGUGUAAGUCAAAAGCAGGCUUUGUAUAUUCAGCUCUUAAUGUUUUCAUUAACGACACCACUAGAGCACAAUUAUUUAUUAAUCUAAAAAUGUCCCUAUUUAAAAUAGUGAAAUGAUUUAACAGGUUUUUUUCUUUAAAACUUUGGGACUUUGGACUACAUGCAACAUGUCUGUGGUUUAAAUGUGAUAUCAUGCAACAUAAAUUGUACUUGACUCAAAAUUAUUUUGUUUUAGAAAAAUGUCAGAAAACUGAAAAACAUUUUCUCCUAAUUAAUUAGUAUGCAAAUUGAAAACAAAAAUUAGUUAAUCUUUUCCUGUUCUUUACAAAUAAUCACUAAGUCACUAAAUGAAUACCUGUAUCUCUACCUAUAAUGUUACUAAAAUAUGGUAAACAGAUUGCAGGUUUAGGAAACAAAAAAUUUUCAAUCAAGGGUAGUAUAGUAAUACAUUUCUAGGGUAAAUCCAGUUAAAACAUCUUUCUGGGGGGUUGGGGACGGGUGUUUUUUGUUUGCAUUUAGCUUUUGAAAUGAAAGUAACAUCGAAAGAAAUUUGGUCCCAAAUAUAAUGCAAUUGACUGUUAACUAUACAAAUUGGAAUUACUUUUUAAAAUGUACAUGUAUUUCAAGAUUAAUAUGUGAUUGAAGUACAAAUGGUUUUCAUCAUAGGUGUCAAAAAGAGAGGGACACUUGCCCCCCCUCCCAACUGAUGAUAAUGCAUCCAGUUAACAAUAUACCCUCCCCCCCCCCCCCCUGUAUUUUUGGUAUCUUUAUUACAAACUAGAGAGGGUUUUUUCUCCAAAUGUUAUUGUCCUUGGUUUUUAUGUUUUAACCACCAACCAAUUUUUUUACCAAGUUAAUUUUAAUUUAUCCUGAAAUGUUUUGAUGUGAUAGGGUUUUACAGUUUUACAGAUUUUAAUUGUUGUUUAUGUUAAACCACUGGAAUGUACUUAACUUGACGCAGUUUUGACUGCAAUUUAAAGCUGCUGCAACCUUCCAUAUCAGCAUGGUGUUAUUUUUGUUCUUUGUCAUAUGGGUAUGUUACUGGAAAUUUGCUGAAUAAAUUAUGUGAUAUUGUU